CGCCACUCACACCCCCACCCAGCUCACCCCCCAGCACAAACCCCGACAUGGCCGAUGCCUGCGGCUCCAGGACCUGUGUUAUAGCUGCGUCCACCCUGUCUGUCUGCUCCAGUGACCAGAGCUAUGGCAGCCGGGUCUGCUCACCCAGUGCCUGCACUGGCUCCUCCUGGCAGGUGGACAAUUGCCAGGAGACGUGCUGCGAGCCCCCCUGCUGCACCCCCGCCCCCCGCCUGGCCCUCGUCUGCACCCCAGUGAGCUGUGUGUCCAGCCCCUGCCUGUCAGGCUGCACCAGCUCCUGCUGCCAGCAGUCGAGCUGCCAGCCAUCCUGCUGUACCUCCUCCCCCUGCCAGCCGGCCUGCUGUGUGCCCGUCUGCUGCAGGCCCGUCUGCUGCAGGCCCGUCUGCUGCAGGCCCAUCUGUUGCAGGCCUGUCUGUUGCACACCUGUGUGCUGCUCGCCCGUGUGCUGCGAGGCCUCCCCCUGCUCGGCCGCCUCGUGCUGCCAGCCCUGCCCCUGCCCCUGCCCCUCGUCCUGCUACAGACCCUCGUCCUCCGUGUCCCUCCUCUGCCGGCCCGUGUGCCGCCCCGCCUGCUGCGUGCCCAUCUCCUCCUGCGGGGCCCCCGCCUCCUGCUGCCAGCCCAGCUGCUGCCGCCCGGCCUCCUGCGUGUCCCUGCUCUGCCGCCCCGCGUGCUCCCGCCCCACCUGCUGCGUGCCCGCCUCGGCCUGCGAGUCCUGCUGCUGACCGGGCCUGUCCCCCCGGGGCCAGCCGGGCUCAGGUCCCCCCCGUGACCUGGUCCUCCCAGCCUCCCCUCAGUCCCGACCAGGGUUAGGUGGCUGUCCCCACUCAGGACAGGGUCCCCUCACGUCCCCACUAUCCUGACCUGACCUCUGAGCCCUGCUCCCAGGGCUCCUGCCUCCCAGGAGGCGCCUCCACCUGCCCCUGGGUCACCUCCCCUCCCUCUCCGUUCCUCUGCCCGGGUCCCUCGGCCUGGACUUCCAACCUGCCAGCACCUUCUUGGGCACCUGGAGAAAUAAACUCACUUUUCAUCUGA